AUGGAUGGUAGGGAAUAUCAGUAUUCUCGAACAACAUGAAGGUCUUACUUGUAGUUGCUCUUUUCGUUGCCUGCACCCAGGCUAGCAGUCUUGGGGACAUUGCCCAAAAGCUGAUGCCCAGUUUUGCCACUGGCUACAUCAUCAAGGGUGAAGAUGCCCCCCCACACGCCGCCCCCUACAUUGUGUCAUUGAGCAGGAGCUAUGCCAAACACUCGCACAUCUGUGGUGGCACCAUCAUUGGCAAACAAUGGAUCUUGACAGCUGCUCACUGCAUCAGCAAGCCCGAAGGUAUGGGAGCUGUUGCUGGUUUGCACGUGCGCACCGACAUGAACGAGAAGACCCAGGCCCGUGAAAUUGAUUUUGGCAAGGUCCAUGAGAACUACGACGGUGGUGUUGGCCCCUACGAUAUUGCCCUUUUGCACGUUUCCGAGGCAUUCGAAUUCAACGAAUGGGUACAACCUGCUGCCUUGCCCGCUGCCGAACAAAUCGAUUCCGGUGAGACCCACUUGUAUGGUUGGGGACAACCCAAAUCGUAUGUCCUGACUGCUGCCAAGACCCUGCAAACUGUGGAAACCGAAAUCGUUGAAUGGAACAAGUGCAAGGAAGUUUUGCCCGACAACGCCCCAUUGCAUGAGACCAACGUAUGCUCCGAUUCUUUGCAACAAAGCAUUUCCGCUUGCAAUGGUGACUCUGGCGGCCCAUUGGUCAUUGAGCACGACAACGCUUCCUCCGAGUUGAUUGGUAUUGUCUCCUGGGGUUAUAUUCCUUGCGGCUUGGCCAACAUGCCCUCAAUUUACACUCGUGUCUCUGCCUACAUCGAUUGGGUUGUAAAGAUCCAACACGCCUACUACACUCUGAACUAGGGCAGUACCAAAUUCCGAUGUAUAAAAAUAAAUAAAAUGGACAAAAAAGAU